AUGGCAUCAUGGUUGGCACUUCGAAGACUGCGGGUGAAACUGCGACGAUUUCUGCCCGAGUUGAUCAACAAAAACCAACGAAUCCCGGAUCCAGACGCGAUUUUGCAGGAACACAUCCAGCGAGUACCGCAUUUCUCUGCUUCCAGCGCAAUACCUGAGGCACAUGAAGACGGAGACGGUGAUUUCACUCUAAUUAGCGAGGACGAUCCUAAAUACUUUGCCGAUUUCAGAGAUGGUUGCAUGCCUUUGCCUGAAGCCUCUCUUCAUCUCAGUCUACACCACCAGGAAAGGAUUGCCGACUCCCUAAGGUGA